AGAAAAAAAAAAAAAAGAACUUCCCUUUUUUAGGAGAAUGUGUGUCUGCAGUAGCGCCAUUCCUCUUCUUUUUAUCUCUACUCUUACGUUGUUGGGUCUCAGUCUCGAUUGGCUAUUCCUCGUAGGUGGAUGUUGUGAGAGUGCUGUUGUUUUUUUUAGUUUCUUUUAUCUAUGGUUCGUCAUGGAAGUGUUGAACGGUUCGAGGCAAAGGCCGAAAAAAGAGCAACGCAUCCACCACAAAUCGGAACCGGGCAGUCCAGCUCAGGUCAAGUGUCUGUCGUCGACGUAUCGCAGUUUCCGCGACAGCGACGUUAGUCUGCAAUCGUUCCAUUUGGCUGGCGAUACGGCCAUUAGUGGACUAUCUCACAAGUCGCUCACGUUGACAGACAUCCCUGAGUGGACUCGGCGUGAAAAUACGCUGGACCACAACAGAAAUAACAGCAGCAAAUCGAUUGACACAUUACAUCGAUCCCUAUCGUCUAUUUUGUCGACACACGAGUGCAAGUCGGACAGAUCCGAGAUAGCCGACCAGGGUUUGUUAUCUUGCUGCUCACCGGAGCCACCGGCCGGAUGGCCCCUGGUUCAUCGUUGCCUACGCACUCUGAGUCACGCUCAUUGGUUUCAACACUGGCUGAGCGGUUUGAGUCAACGAAGCUUGCGCGUGUGUCAAGCCAAACGAGUGGCACCGCCUAUUGUGCCGGAAUCGGCGACAGCAACUUCGGCAGCCGGACAACAACAACAACAUCGUCAUUCAGGAUCGAGUUUCGAUUCGGGCGGCUCGGCUGAAUCGUCGUCGGGCGGCUACUGUUCGGGCACGGGGAGCUUGUCGAGCUGUCACGCUCCUUCGUCGUCGGCCUGGAGUCAAGCGGGCAGCGAUCAGCGCAGCUCGAUUGGUUUGGACGACGCCUUUUUGCCGCCUCCGCCCUCGUCGCCAGCCGCAAACACCGUCGCCAACAAACAUCACCACAUGUACAAUCGAGGAGAAAACGAGCCCGUGUAUAGUGGACGCAAUCUGGGCUCGCCCGGCUUUGGCGGACCAGGCGGCAUCUUUACUUACCCCUCUGCAACGGCCAACAACCACCAUCCCCAGAAUGGUAUUUACGGCCAGAUAGGACAAUAUCGAUCCAAUAGCCAGUCCAGCUCUCAACACGUGUCGUUCGCCAUGGACCACCCAACGUCGCCUGCAUCCGUGGGAUCUUCAUCGCUCGGUGCAGCCACAGCCGUUCCAAAUACGACAUUACUUCCGCACCCCAAUUACAGUCAUCAACUCUCAAUGGAAGACCAAGGUAUUGAUCUGACGCAAAGUCCGGGCCGAGAGAGCCCGUCCAGCAGUAGCAGCACGGUCAGCGUGGGUUUGAAGAGCAACAUCAGCGGUGGGAGUAGCAGCGGUAGUGCCACAUCGGCCAUCCUUGCCGGGUCUUCUUCAUGCCGACACAGCACGACCAGCACGACGAGUUUAGACAGUGGUCGGGCCUCUGGCACUUAUGACGUCCAUCAUCACCACGCUGCUAGUCAGCGGCAUGGGUCUACUUCGUCGUCAUCAACCACAUCCACCUUCCAUCAAGGAGGUCAGCUUUUGUUGGUCCAGCACCAACAACAGCAACGCUUCUGGGGCCAAUCGUACGAGAGCUGCUUACGAAAUAGCUAUCACAGCUCUUCGUCCAGCUUGGGCUCGAGUGGGGGCGGAGGGAAAAUUGAUGACAUCCAUCGGCUCAACAUUAGCGAAAUGCUAUCUCAAGGAGUGCCGGAACACGAGAUUCUGAACGCCUGGCUAACGGACCUUGGUUUCGAAGAAUAUUACGAUCUCUUUGUCCAGGCAGGCUACGACAUGCACACCAUCACCAGAAUGACUCCCGAGGACUUGACGGCCAUCGGGAUUCAAAAGCCCAACCAUCGUAAAAAGCUGAAGGCUGAAAUGGCACUACUCCAAGUACCGGAUGGGUUGCCCGAUUUCAAACCGGAAACGCUUGAAGAGUGGUUAGCUCUGCUAGAACUGGCCGAGUACAGUCCCAGUUUGAGACGCCAGGGCUACAGGACGGUGGAAGAUGUUACCCAACUGACUUGGGAAGAUUUAGAGGAUUUCGGAAUUCUGCGUCUCGGUCAUCAGAAGAUUAUGCUGGCCAUUAAGCGAGUCAAAGAUAUCCUGGCUGGAAAAUACAUGCCCAUGCAGAUGAUGCAGACUGAUCCAAUGUCUUCACCAGGGGAUGUGCACGACCCGUCUCACCCUUCGUUCCAUUACCGGAACGCAACCUCUUCAUCGUCGCACUAUGCUAUACCACCGUCCAUCAUGCGGCCCGUCUUCUUCAUGCCACAGCAGCAAGCACCGCCGCAAUCGCAUUAUCAGCACCUUCAACAACAACCGCAACAGCAGCAUCAUGUUCAGCAACAACAACAGCCAAUCUAUUAUCAUUACCAGCAACCGACAUACCGGCCGGAUGUCGUGGCCAUUCAGGUUCACCGGAACAGAUCAUCUGAAGACGUGCGAGCAUGCCAAGCUGGCCCUGCUGCACAUAACGCUGCAGGUUUUGCCGAAUCAGGGCCGUUGCAACAGACUUUUUACAAGCCCGGUUGGCGUCAGAGGAGCUAUGAGGAUGGUGACGUGACUCCUGUGAGCGAGCACAGCCAUCACCUUUUGCCGCAAGGACAGAACGUGCCAGGCGGUGGCACUUUGCCGCGUCCGCGAGGCACGGUCAAACCUCGCCCAGUGGCCAAAAUCAGCGCCAAAACGAGGGCCGAUUGCUGCCCUGACCCAUCUGCACACCUCCACGAUGACCUUAAAGCAGUGUCCAUCAGUCCGCCUGCUCAGCCUCUAUACGGCACGCUGGGAAAAAAGAAUCCACCUCCUGCGCCCCCCAAACGGGCCAGCAGCAGUUCGAUCACAGGAGAGAGCGACGCAGCUGAACCCAUUUACGGACGGAGCGCCAAGUCUAGUCCCCUACCGCUCCCGCCUCCGCCGCCCGUCACUGCUGACUCGAUGAGCUUGCUAGCCUAUUCUGACGACUCUGAGGAUUUCCCUCCUCCCCCAGCGCCUAUUUCGGCAUCCGACUCGUACUUGCAGCACGGACAGCACGCCUCCUCGGCCCCGCCACUGUCCGCCGCCUCUGUCCGCGAGCGACUGGAUAACAUUCUCCAGCGCAGCGAAGCAGGUCGUUGGCCUGCGCGCCCCCAUUCGCAGCAGCAGUCUCAUUAUGGGGUUCCUAAUGCUACGACUAGUCGCCCCAAUAGCACCAUGUCCGGCAUAAAGAUGGUCUCGACCAGAGAGUGCAGUCCCAGCGAAAGUAUCGAAACAUCAGAUACAGAACCAGGCAGUCCGGCAAUGGAAUUCCGCCAACGCCGUAAUGGAUCCGACGCGAGCUUCAAGCAGUCGACGUCCAGCACGGAAUCGGAUUCCAUGCCGUUUGCCAAUGACAACGCUGGUACAAUUAAGCAGAGAAGUGCUCGGGCUCACCCAGCACUGGCCGCCUUGACGUAUUCAUCCUCGUCCGUUGCAGCUGUGCUGUCACCGUCACUUGGACGGCGGGUGCCAACUACGACGCGCGACCACUACCAACACUAAUCUCGGUCAGCAUUGCACCCCUGUCUCUUAAGUACAUUUUCUCGUUUGUCCUAUUAGCUUGGCUUUUGAAAUUCUUUAGCAUUUGCUUUAGUUUGAGCCUCUGCUGCCAAUUGAACGCUUGUUUGUCAAUGCCACUUUUUUUUAUUUCGAUUUACAGGAACCAGCGAUGUUUUGAAUGACAUUGGCAACAUGUUAGCUGACUUAACGGACGAACUAGACUCGAUGUUGGAAGAGGAGAGCAGUAGCCAGCAGCCGAUAAGGCAGAAAUCCUAAAAGAAGAAUAUAUAUAUAUAAAAAAAAAAAAAAAAAAAGAGGGGACGCAAAAAACGUUGUCUGUAAUUAUAUUGUCUUAACCUGGAUUUUAAAAAAAGAAAGCGAGAAAACAUAAUAAUAAUAAUUUGCUGACCCCAUCCCUUUUCUUCCCUUCGAAUGGAAGUUCAGGUUCCAAUUUCUGUUAGAAGCAAGCUGCGUCAAAGUGCCUAGUUCACACAGCAUGUCUCGUAAAAGCAAGCAUGGUCCAUCUGGAUUGAUGAAACAAAAGUGUUGGAAAUUCCUAUAUUCUUACUUUUUUUUUUUUCUUUUAUCCUUCAAUAUAACACUGGCCCAUCUCGAUGGAAACCAUUUCUUUUUACGUUACGUGACAGUUUUAACUGUUGGGAUAUUUUUUUUUUUGUUUUUCUUUUUGUUUAACCGUCCUUUGUUAAAUGUUGCCCGCCCACCCAACUUAUGUACCUAUAUUAUAUUGUAUGUAAUAAAUGUACACGUUUACCGUA